AAAGUUCAUCGGCUUUGUUCUCCGCAUUUGCAAAAUAUUUGAAAUGGGAGCAGUGUUUUUGAAUCUUGGCGGCUACGUUUUCGUUUUCUACUCGUCGUUCUUAGCUAUAGUGGCUCCACAGGUUCGAGCCAAUGUUGCUGUCUUUGAUAGCUACUGGACGCAGCGUCAAAGUGAUGCAUUGAAACAGACCAUGGGAUCUUACGAUCCUAAUCCACUUAACGUCACCAACCAUUUUAAUUACCAUGUCAAUAUAGCAGUGGAUGCAUCGGAAUCAAGCAACGAUACAAGGAGAGAGCUUACUCAGGUGAGACGUGGUCGUAAAACGCAAAAACACAGCGGAAAAUGCCUGGCUUAUAACCCGAUAGACAAAUGCUGGCGAUGCGAUCGUAACUGGGCGAAAAACAGGAAGAAACUAGCGGAUUGUGUGCUCGGAUUUGGCCGAAGAACCACCGGAGGUAAAGACGGACCGAUCUAUGUAGUCAACGACGCGUCUGACAACGAUCUUAUCAACCCUAAACCAGGAACGUUAAGGCAUGCAGUGACUCGAAACGGACCGCUUUGGAUCAUAUUCGCAAGAAGCAUGAUCAUAAAACUGCAACAAGAACUGAUGAUAACUAGUGACAAAACAAUCGAUGGAAGAGGAGCUAGAGUUUACAUCAUGGAAGGUGCUGGAUUAACGUUGCAAUAUGUGAAUAAUGUGAUCAUACACAAUAUUUAUGUCAAGCAUAUUGUUCCUGGGAACGGUGGGUUGAUCAGAGACUCUGAGGAUCACAUAGGGCUUAGGACAAAAAGCGAUGGUGAUGGAAUCAGCUUGUUUGGAGCAACCAAUAUUUGGAUCGAUCAUGUCUCAAUGACAAAAUGUGCAGAUGGUAUGAUUGAUGCUAUUGACGGCUCCACUGCUGUAACUAUUUCCAAUAGUCAUUUCACCGACCACCAAGAGGUGAUGUUGUUUGGGGCGAGGGACGAACACGUGAUAGACAAGAAAAUGCAGAUAACGGUUGCGUUUAACCACUUCGGUAAGAGAUUGGAACAGAGAAUGCCUCGUUGCAGAUAUGGAACAAUCCAUGUGGUGAACAAUGACUACACACAUUGGGAAAUGUAUGCAAUUGGUGGAAACAUGAACCCUACAAUUAUUAGUCAAGGCAAUCGUUUCAUUGCUCCUCCUAACGAACAAGCCAAACAGAUUACAAAGAGAGAGUACACACCAUACACUGAAUGGAAAUCUUGGAAUUGGCAAUCAGAAGGAGAUUACUUCCUCAACGGAGCUUAUUUUGUGCAAUCCGGGAAAGCAAAUGCGUGGAGCUCUAAACCGAAAAACCCGCUACCGAACAAGUUUGCAAUUCGACCAAAACCGGGGACGAUGGUCCGGAAACUUACCAUGGACGCAGGAGCACUUGGCUGCAAACAGGGUAAAGCUUGCUGAUUACAUUACCAUUUUUUCCCCUUCCAAGAAACAGACAAAGCUUUUGCCCUGUUUUUGCUUGUUGUUCAAGAAAAACAAUAUGGAGAGAGAGGAGAGAAAACUAAAGAGAAUGUUUUUCU